UAAAACCACCAAACCUAACCCUUCUUUCUCUCUCUACCCCCUUCUCUCACUCUCUCUUUCUCUCACUGUAAUAACUUUUUCUCUCCACCAUAUUUUCAAUUUUUCUUGAAUCUACUUUCGAUCUUUCCUCAUCCGGAGCCAUGGACCCUUCCUCGAUCCCUCCUGCUCCUCCGUCUACCUUUCCGGCUCCAAUUUCUCUCUUCCCUGUCAACUAUGGUGCUGUUCCUGCCUCCACCACCGCGACAACGACCACCGCUGCCGCCGUCGCCCCCGUCGCGAAUUCGGCUCCGGCUGCCGCUUCUUCUGAUGCCGUUUCCACCCAGCCUGCUGCUCCCACUGCGAACCACCCUCCUUAUUCUGAGAUGAUUUAUGCAGCAAUUGAGGCGCUGAAGGAGAAAAAUGGGUCUAGUAAGAGGGCUAUUGCGAAAUACAUAGAGCACGCUUAUCCUAACCUUCCACCGACUCACCCUGCUUUGUUGACCUACCACCUUCAGCGCUUAAAGAACAAUGGACUCCUUGUUAUGGUCAAAAAGUCUUAUAAACUUCCUAGAUCUGACGGUUCUCCGUCUACUGCGCAGAGAGGACGUGGCAGGCCGCCGAAGCUGAAGCCUCAGCCGCAGGCGCAACCUCCGGCUCAGCCUCAGGGUCAGCCUCAGGUUCAGGGUUCGGCUCAGCCAGAGCAGCAGCCGGAGUCCAUGCCCAACGCGCCGCAAAAUCUGCAGAAUGCGGAGCCUGUUUGGGUUGCCCUAGGGCUUGCUGAUGAGCCCACAGAAGUGAAGAAACGAGGCCGAGGCCGUCCUCCCAAGAGUGCCGUAGCAGAGGGGGUUGGCUUACCUGGAACGGCUUCUAGGAGAGGCCGUCCUCCGGGUACUGGGAGAUCUAGGUUGGCAAAGAGGCCUGGGCGUCCUCCUAAGCCGAAAUCUGUGAUGGCAAUCUCCAAUGGGAUGAAGCGUCGACCUGGCAGGCCGCCCAAAAUUCAGUCUAAACCCACGAUGAUUCCCUUUGCCGCCCCGACCGCUGCUCCCCAAGGGCCUACUUCACUCACCGCUCAGGAAGGAGCUGUGACGGAUGCUACCGCACCAAUUCUUGCUCCUAGGCGUAGAGGUCGUCCGAAGAAGUAUGGAGUGCAGGCUCCCGGAGUUGCUUCUGGAGCUAUUGGCCGUGGUCGAGGCCGUGGAAGAGGACGUGGGCGUGGUGUCUUUCGCACCUCUACUGGAAGACCUGUUGGUCGGCCUAGGAAGGGAACAACUCCUGAUGCUGCUGCACAAAAAGCUGCUAAUGAAGAGUUCAAGAGGAAACUUGAAUAUUUUCAAUCCAAAGUGAAGGAAUCCCUUGCUGUGAUUAAGCCUCAUUUCAACCAUGAAAGCCCAGUCACUGCAAUUGCGGCAAUCCAAGAUUUAGAAAUACUGGCAACCCUGGACAUUAAUGCACCGUUAAGUGAUGAUACACAGCCAGCACAGCAGCUUCAUCAACUGCAAGUGCAGUCACAGCCGCCACCACAGCAAUCAGAACAGCCGGAGUUUCCACCACAGCAAAUGCCUCCACCGCAGAUGUUUCAGCAUCAGUUGCCACAGUCCCAUGUUUUCCCUCAGUCAUAUCAGCAGCAACAGCUUUUCCAGCAGCAAAUGCCACAGCCUCAGCUUUAUCAACAGCAAAUGCAGCAUGUACCAUUGCAGUCACAGCAGCCGCAAUUGUUUCAACCACAUGCAUGAGCCCCCAAGCUUGGAGUUGCAUGGCCUCAAAUAAUGAACAACUUGUACAAGUGAUUUGGAAAGGCACAGCAGGUAAAAAGGUCUGUAAAGCGAGUAGGAAGUUGCUGAGCUGAUUUUUUAUUGAGUGAAAAUGACUGUCCGUUUAUGUUUGUUAUUUGUGAACCUUCUUUUUAGAGAGACUUCGCAGUAAUACUUAGAGUACUGAUACUGAUUAUUCUGGGAUUUAAGUAAUUCUUGUUGGACUGUUGUAGCUUAAUUUAUUCGCAUUAAUGCUUGUUAAACCUCAUGCCUUUAUUAGCGCUCCCUUUGUUGCCAGGUUUUAAUCCUGGCGCCCUAUA